UCUCUCUCUCUCUCCCUCAAUGUAACAUGGUGAAAUCGAAAAAAUUUAGAGGUGUUCGGCAACGCCAUUGGGGCUCUUGGGUUUCGGAGAUUCGUCACCCUUUAUUGAAAAGGAGAGUAUGGCUAGGAACAUUUGAAACAGCUGAAGAAGCAGCAAGAGCAUAUGAUGAAGCAGCCAUUUUAAUGAGUGGAAGAAAUGCAAAAACAAAUUUUCCAGUUUCUGAUAACAAUCCAAUACCAAAUGACAAUAAUAAUAAUAAUAAUAAUAACCAAAAAUUAUUUGCAUCUUCUUCUUCUUCUUCAAAUUCCACUACUACUACUAAUACAUCACUCUCUGCAAUUCUAAGUGCAAAGCUUAGAAAAUGUUGUAAAUCACCUUCACCUUCACUUACUUGUCUAAGGCUUGACACUGAGAAUUCACACUUUGGAGUAUGGCAAAAACGAGCCGGCCCUCGUUCGGACUCGAGUUGGAUCAUGAUGGUUGAAUUGGAAAGGAAGAAGAAAGAACAAGAGGAAGGAGAAAUAGUACCAAAUUCUAAUUCGGAUAUAUUGCCUCCUAUUGUUAAUGAUAAUUCUGAGAAUGUCGUGAAACCUGAAGAGGAGGAAGAAGAUGAAGAAGAAGAAAGAAAUGAUGAUAACAAUGGAUUGGAUGAAGAACAAAGAAUUGCACUUCAAAUGAUUGAAGAACUUCUAAAUCAUUGAAUGAAUGUGUUUAUUUAUUUGUUUAUUUAUUGAGUAUAGUUUCAUAUUUGUUAACGACAAAUAAAAGAUACUGUUGAUUUAGUUCUUAAAAAUUUUAAAAGUCGGUCAAAAUAAUUUCUGAUGGAUAUUAAAAUGUCAUUAUUUUAAAAACGAUUAAUUUGACUGACGUUUGAGAUUUUCGAGGACGAAAUUUGGAAUUUAAAUUUCUUUAGAUGAGGUAGAUGGAUUUGAGUCUUCAUUCAUACAUAUUUAUUUCCAAGUGGGGUUCAUUCAUGAAGUUUUUGGAGUGGCCCAUGUAAAAGUCUAUAUCAAUUAGUCCUUUUCAAUUAGUUUGAUUUGUUUGUUUGUUCAAAAUAGGAUAAAGGGCAGUGUUGCAUUGAUUUCCCUUUUGAAUGAGAAUAGUCAUGUGCCUCUGCCUCUUUCGAAUGUUUCUUCAAUGUAUACUAUGUAAUAGUGCAAGUAAAAAACUACA